UGGUAAUACCUGUAGAGUAUGCAUGUAGUCAGAAAAUUAUCUUGUAUGAUGGUUUUAUUAUUAAAGAGGGUGAUUACAACAUUGAAAUAUAUAUUUAAAUGGUUUUCGUUAAAGCUGAACCAAUUAUUGAUAGUUAUCUUGGCGCUGGUGAUUGUGUGUGUCCUGUGUAAGGUGUGGUGCGGACACAGGGAGGAGCAGCUCGUGCCGCGGGAGCUACGCAAUCUGGUUCGGUUUCAAGAAGGAUACACGCUUCCUCUCGUCGCUCGCAACCAACGCCAGCUCGAUCAACUCGCCGCGCGGAUAGAUCGUCUCAAUCGGGACGCUGAAAUCUAUAACUGGAACCGCUGGGGCGCCCAUCGCGACGACACCGACAUAUUUCUUAUUCAAGUGCACAAGGAUGUGGAGCGUCUCCAGUAUCUUAUCGUCGCUCUCGGUCAAGUCAGGUACAUCAAAAAAGCUAUGCUCAUUUUCUCUCAUAGCUACUACGACGACAAAAUCAAUAGAUUGAUCCGCAGCAUUAGAUUCGCUAAAGUCAUGCAGAUCUACUACCCUUACUCGAUGCAAUUGAAUCCUGACAAGUUUCCGGGCGCCGACUCGGAGGACUGCAACGGCAGCGUCGCGUGCGUCGGCCGAGACGCGCGCCGCGCCGAGCAUAAACACCACUGGUGGUGGAAAGCUCACUACGUGUUCCACGGCUUCGACUGGUCCGAGAAGCAUCGCGGUAUGGUGGUGUUCCUCGAGGAGAACGACUACGUGCUGCCAGAUCUGUUGUACAUGUUGAAGUACGCCCGACAGGCGAUCUCGUAUUUCUCGUCCGCGUACGUGGUCUCGUUCGGGCGCGCGUGGGUCCAUGGACUCGACCACGACACUCUCACGGUGGACGCGUGGCAUCCGCCUUACGAAAAAGGCUUGACGUUCAACCGCACCACUUGGCUGAAAAUCGCGGCAUUGGCGUCACACUUCUGCUUCUACGACGAUGCGAGUUGGAGCUCCUCGCUGGUGCACUUGUUCGAGCGGUUUCCCAAAGGGUACUCGGACAUGGUGGCGACGACUGCGCCGCGGGUGGUGUCGACGAGGACGUUCUCGAGCGGGCGCGUGGCGGCAGCGACUCUUAGUAUUGUGGCGAAAGAUAGCCUGUUCCCCCGAUCAGUACGCGCGGUGGUGUCGUUCAGCAGCGGCGCGGGCGGUGCGUCGCGCGUGCGUCACGUGUGGCGCGGGGCUCGGCCGGCGCCGGCGGGCGGCUGGGCGGACCUACGAGACCACCUGCUGUGCCUCGACCCUCUGCUCGCCACCACCACAGAGACGCUCACCGACACCACCUACAUGUUUGAACAAUCUAUCAAUAAAAACGUCUCAAAUUCACUUUGACCGUCAGUCUAUGUGUGCUCUAACUUGGCGGAAUUGCUGUACUAUUCCAAUGUUAUAUAACUUUCUCGAAAAACUUGAUCAAAACAGGAUAGUUUCACACGUACCACAACCACAACAUAAACCCAACACGCGGGUGGGUGCUAAUUUGGAUUAAAAUUAAUAGUUGAAUUCACACGGACGAUAUUUUUCGACACUAUUGACCGCGUGUGUGAUAGCGACCACACCGCAGCCACGCCUUAACUACAAGCAACCACCAGCGACACGAUGAACUAGCGGCGGCGGGCUACAUCGCAAACACAACGUUGAGUCCAACUGUCUGUAUGUACGCUACGUAACCACAUCAAAACCACUAGCGACAAUGCAACCAUAUCCAUACUUUGUAGGUACCACACCGCAACCGCAAGAAACCGCAGCGACACAUCACACGUAACCACAGCUUGACCAACUUUUGUCGCGAUGGUGUGGUGUGGUCGUGGUACGUGGGAAACAAGCCUGUGAUUCUG